GUAUUCAAAAAACAAUCCUAAGAUCAAUCGGGAUGCUGUACAAAUGUACAAUAAAAAAAGACCGAUGAUUCCAUGGAAAUCAAAGUGUAUAUCAGGUUUUAAAUACAGCAGCACAAUAGACUACUGUAAUGACAAAGUUGUUUCUAUAGGACAGCCAACAGAAUGCAAGUGGUGUCAUGCAAAGAAAUGGAAGGAAGAAAGCCCCGGUAUUUGUUGUAGUAAUGGUAAAGUUGUUCUUUCUCCAAUUGAAGCACUUCCUGAACCACUACACAGCCUACUUUUAAAUAAUCAUCCUGAAUCUCAACAUUUUUUAACGAACAUUAGAAAAUACAAUGGCUGUUUCCAAAUGACGUCGUUUGGGGCUAAAACAGUAAAUGUAGGUGGCUUUAUGUCAACCUUCAAAAUUCAAGGCCAAGUUUACCAUAGAAUAGGAAGUGUUUUACCUUCGUAUACAAACGAACCAUCAUUUUUACAAAUAUAUUUUGUUGGUAAUGAUGAAAAAGAAGCGGAACUUCGGUCUAAUCUUUUUCCUGCCGUAAAGCCUAGAUUGGUUGGCCAACUUCAAAAAAUGCUGCACAACCACAACCAGUACGUACGAGAUUUUAAAACAGCUAUUGAAUGUGUUCCUUAAGGACAGGAAUUUAAAGUUGUGAUUCAUGCCGAUAGAAAACUUGUAAAUAAACACAGGGGUCGGUAUAAUGCACCGUCAACAAGCGAGGUUACUUUAGUUAUUGUGGGAUAGGAUUUUGAAAAAAGAGAUAUAAUUCUUCAAAGUAGAGACACCAAGUUAGUGAGAAUAAAUGAAACUCAUCGUGCUUACGACGCUCUUCAGUACCCUCUUAUGUUCUGUCGUGGUCAAGAUGGGUAUUCCAUCAAACUACCUCAGAGUGACCCAAGUUCUAAGAUGUCUCUUAAAAAAACAAUUUCUGCUUCCGAACUGUACUUUUAUCGAAUUAUGGAAAGACAAGGGCAAAAUAACUACAUGUUACUAUACCGUAGUUUUCUCAAUCAGUUUUUGGUUGAUAUGCACGCUGAGAUAGAAACAGAAAGGCUUAAUUUCAUUAGACACAACCAAAGUAAACUGAGAGCUGAAAAUUAUGUGCAUCUCAAAGACGCAAUGUGUAAAGGAGAUGGACAAGUUUCAGAGAUUGGCAAGAUAGUUGUAUUACUUUCCAGUUUCACAGGAAGACCCCGUUAUAUGCACGAGAGGACUCAGGACGCCAUGACAUACGUUCGCCACUAUGGCCGUCCUGAUUUGUUCAUUACGUUCACAUGUAAUACUAAGUGGAUUGAAAUUGAAUCUUCCUUACACGAUGGACAAAAACCUCAAGAUAGGCAUAACAUAAUAGCUAGGGUUUUUCACUUAAGUUUUCACUUAAGAAAGUUAAAAAAAUCAUUCAUCUCCUAACUAAAGGUUCUAUUUUCGGUCCCUGUAGGUGUUACAUGUUCACAGUAGAAUGACAGAAACGGGGUCUGCCACAUGUGCAUAUACUUCUAUGGCUACAUGAUGGAAUUAUGCCUGCUAACAUUGACAGUGUUAUAAGCGCAGAAAUUCCUGAUCCCGAACUUGACCCUCUCCUUUAUGAUAUUGUAAAAUCUACUAUGAUUCACGGUCCAUGUGGUCAUUUGAAUAGAAAAUCACCGUGCAUGCUCAAUGGUUCAUGUAGCAAGAGAUAUCCACGUCCAUUUUCCAAGGAUACGCACACUGCAGAUAAGGGAUAUCCCCAGUAUCGAAGGCGGGCUCCAUCUGAUGGCGGUUUUUCGCUUGAAAUUAAUGGAGUAAAAAUUGAUAACCAGUGGGUGGUGCCGUAUAAUCCUGUUUUGUACCCGUAUAUUUAUGGCUCAAAUUAACGUUGAACUGUGCAACUCUUUGAAGUCCAUAAAGUAAAUAUGCAAGUACGUAAAUAAAGGAAGUGACCAAGCAGCGUUUUGUUUUGAAAACGAGCAGGAUGAAAUAUCCAAGUAUGAAGCAGGGCGCUAUAUUAGCAGUUCUGAAGCUGCUUAGAGAAUCUUACGUAUUGCCAUCCAUGAAAGAUUCUCUCCUGUUAUGCAUCUUUCUGUUCAUCUUGAGAAUGGUCAACGAAUUUACUUCACAACUGAUAAUGCCUCAGAAAAAGUUCAGAACCCUAAUAGUACUACACUUUUAGUAUUCUUUGAGCUAUGUAAAAAUGAUUCUUUUGCAAGAACGCUUUUGUAUAGUGAAGUUCCAGCUUAUUUUAUUUUGAAAAAUAACAAGUUUAGUCGAAGAGAGCAAGGAAAGGGUGUCUCAGGUCAUCCAGGAGUCAAACAAGAUCAUGUGAUUGCUAGAGUUUAUACUGUACACCCUAACAAUGUCGAAUGCUAUUACUUGCGACUAUUACUUCAUGAAGUACAUGGACCGACUUGCUUUAAUGAUCUCAAAAUAGUGUCUGGAGUAGUUCAUCCAUCUUAUCAAUCUGCCUGCCAAGCUCUUGGGUUGUUGGAAGAUGACACUCAUUGGGACCGAACUCUAGAAGAAGCCACUAUUUUUGAUUCUCCACAAAAAAUCCGUCAACUAUUUGCUGUUUUGUUAGUGUUUUGUUAGUUAGCUGACCCGUUAAAACUUUGGGAAAAACAUAAAGAUAGUAUGUCAGAAGAUGUGAAAAGACAACUGGUAAUUGAUUACCAAGAGAUUGAUAUUGAAACCAUUGUAGACGUUGUUUACAACAAAUGCUUAGUGCUGCUAGAACAGAUCGUCUUUUCGAUGGGUAACCAUUCACUUCAUCAAUUUGGAUUUCCUUCACCAUCUCACGAUGCGAGUGAAUUAAUUGUCAAUCGUGAUUAUCUGAGAGAACUGUCUUAUGACGUAGAACAGGUUUCUAAAUUAGUUUAACACAACAUAACAAAGCUUAAUCCUGAACAAAGUCAAGUUUACUACGAAGUUAUAAGAAACGUUGAUUCAGAUUCUGGACGUAUUUUUUUCUCAGAUGCUCCUGGUGGAACAGGAAAAACGUUUUUAAUGAAUCUGUUGCUAGCUAGCGUAAGUAUGCAUAAAAAUAUAGCGAUUUCUGUCGCUUCCUCUGGAAUAGCAACUACUUUGUUGGAUGGUGGAAAGACCGCUCACUCUGCUUUUAAACUUCCUAUCAACUUAAAUUUUUCUGAAACUUCUUUAUGCAACAUUUCAAAGCAAAGUGAUGCAGCACAUGUACUAAGAGAAUGCAAGUUAAUUGUUUGGGAUGAAGCUACAAUGGCUCACAAGGGAGGAGUAGAAGCAUUGGAUAGAACUCUCCAGGACAUCAGGAGUAGUAAUCACCUAAUGGGUGGGAUGACCGUCUUACUGGCUGGGGACUUCAGGCAAACUACCUGUUGUUCCUCGAGGAACUCAUGCUGAUGAGGUAAGGGCCUGCCUUAAAUCAUCCUACCUAUGGCCUAAGAUCGAAGUCAAAUCCUUACGAGUCAACAUGAGAGUGUACCUUAAAGGUAAUCCUGAGGCAGAGGAUUUUUCCAAUUUACUCCUUCAAGUAGAAAAUGCAGAUUUACAUGAAGAUGAUGAUAGGAAAGUGAACAUUCCAAACAAUUUGUGUACAGUCGUCAAGGAUCUAAAAAGUUUGAGUGAGCAAAUAUAUCCGAAUUUAAAUAAUUUACAUUCAGAAAACCUGACUUGGCUUAACGAAAGAGCCAUUCUUACACCAAAGAAUGACACUGCAGCAUCAACGAUUCCUUAUUGAACCAGAUUCCUACUGAUAUGGUGAAAUAUCCAUCUGUGGACUCUGUUGUGGAGUUAGAAGAUGUAGUUAAUUAUCCUGUAGAGUUCCUCACACUUUAAAUCCACCAGGAAUUCCACCUCACAACCUAUGUUUGAAAAUUGGAGCUCCAAUAAUGCUAUUGCGUAACCUUAUACCUCCAAAACUUUGUAAUGGCACACGACUUAAGGUUAAGACCUUACAUAAAAAUGUAAUUGAAGCAACUAUCUUUACAGGCUGCGGUAUGGGAGAAACAGUUUUUCUACCAAGAAUACCUUUAUUCGCUCUCCAGGAAAAAAGAAUAGAUAUAGUAAUUAUUUCUGAAACCCAUUUUACUAAUACAUCCUAUGUUAACUUUCCUGGCUACCGUACAAAUCAUCCAGACAACUCUGCCCAUGCUGGUGCAGUUAUAUUUAUUAAGGCUUCACUCGCAUAUACUCCAUUACCUAACUUCCAUACAAAUCACAUCCAAUCGUGUGCAGUUUCAUUAUUGCUAAAAAAUGUACCUAUUACCAUAGCAGUGGUGUAUUGCCCUCCCAAACACAAUAUCUCUACGGAUCAAUUUACCGAAUUUCUUUCCACCUUAAAUAAUAAUUAUAUAGUUGGUGGUGACCUUAAUGCUAAGCAUAUCCAGUGGGGCUGCCGAGCCUCAAACCCUAGAGGUAACUCUCUCCUUCAAACUGCCUGCCACUCUAAUAUCUCAAUUCUUGCCCCUCCUAAUAAUACCUAUUGGCCAGCAUCUCGUCAUAAAAUGCCUGAUAUUUUACAUAUUUUUGUCACCAAAAUUCCAAAUACCCUGAUAUAAAUACCAUAUAAAUACCAUCUGAUAAAUACCAUACACAAACUCAAAACUUGUUAGACCCAUGUUCAGAACACUCACCUGUCUUGCUUUCAGUAGAUUGCCAACCUCCUGAUAAACCCAAUUCAUUAAUACUAUCUCAAUAUCGAACAGAUUGGGAAAAAUUUGGCCACACCUUAUCUGAGAGAACUGAUUUAAAACUUUGUCUAAAAUCAGCCUCCGACAUCGAUGAUGCUGUUAACUUACUCACGAAUAACAUUCAAUCGGCUGUCUGGGAAUCAGCGAUUCAACCCCCUCCAAGAAAGGCCGAUUUUAACCUCCCUAUACACAUCAGGAACCUCAUAUCACUUAAGCGUCGUGCACAAGCAAUUUGGCAACAUUCCAGAUAUUCAUCUGAUAAGCGUUACUACAACGCUCUUACACUUAAACUCAAACGCCUCCUUGCUAGUCAUAGAUCUGAAACUUAUGCAAACUACGCAUCUUCACUUUCACAUAAUGAUGGUUCGCUCUGGAAGGCCUCUAGGAUACAUUUACGUAUUCAUAAUCUUCCUCCUACAUUACGUAACGAUGAUGGUACUUGGGCGGUCUCUGACCAAGAUAAAUCAAACAUAUUUAUGAAACACUUAGAAAAUAACUUCCAACCGCAUUAUAAUAUUCUAUCACCCAGUAAAAUCCAAGAAGUUGAAAGCUUUUUCAACUUUCCACUACAGAUGUGCCCCCCUCCUCGAGCCUUCUUCCCUGGUGAAGUUCACUUUAAUAUUAAAAAGCUCCUUAGAAAAAAGUCCCCUGGAUUUGAUCUAAUAACUGCAGAAGUAAUCAGAAAUCUACCUAAAAAAACUAUCUUAUUUCUAACACAAAUCUACAAUGCAAUGCUCAGAUUAUCUUAUUUCCCUCUUCUCUGGAAAUAUUCUAUUAUAAUUCUCAUAUUAAAACCCGAAAAACCCCCGGACUCCCCGACCUCGUAUAGGCCAAUUAGUCUUCUCCCUUUACUCUCAAAAUUAUUUGAAAAACUGCUAUUAAAACGUAUUAUACACGGCAACAAUUCUACCUAA